AGCCUAAGGGCAUGGCCAGUCGAUGCCUUUAAAACUGGCUCUGCGACGAAAAGCCCUGUCCACAGUGCCGAUCUACCUGUCUCCUUUGUCUAUUGUCUGGUAUAGGGGUAGUCAGCCAGUGGGUUGGACUACCUGGUGUGAGGCAAGAGGUGGGGGGCAGAGGAUGGCAGAGAGGAGUUAGUCACCUAUACCGCAGGCACCGCUGGUCAGUCUCAGUCAUGAACAUUGCCUUACACAGAAAGAAGUAAGACAGGUACAGUGAGGAGAAGCAAAACAGGGCAGAAUGGUGAGGUGCUGGAAGCGUUCAGAAGCCAGUCUGGAGGACCCACAGAACAUGCACUGUGGUCCUAUGAGCUCCUCUAGGGUUCCUCACAAAGUUCUCUGGGGCUGUAUUGCUGCCAUGCUGCUCAUUGUUAUCAUCGCUCUCGGUGUGACCGCACAUCUAGGGCUACAGCACAAGGCACAAUCUUCAUUGCAGGUUGUCAGAUUUCCCGAUCACACAGGUGACUUGAUCAGUCAGUCGGCUCUGAUUGACAAGCACAACAGCGUAGUGACUUACUCUGUGACUUCCCAUGCCAACCACACCUCCACAGUGAUUUUUGACAUGAGACACGGGCUGGUAUGCUAUAAACCUGACAACCAGGACAGCUGCUUUCUUCGCCGGAUGGAAAGAUUGGAUUACGAGAAUGUGCAGUCUCAACUAAACAAGUCGGAGCAACAGGUUCGUCAGGUCUGGGUGGUGGGAAAUCAGACUGAAAAACACACAGAGUUUUUGGGAGUGCUGUCCAGCAGUCGUGUGGAAGCUUCCACCCUUCAAGAACCUCUUCAGUCCCUCUGUCAGCAGGCCUCUGUGUACUGGACUAGAAGAUCUGAUGGUAAGAGUCCCGGGAAACAAAGACUUAUUUACUUCUGCAUCGACAUCUGCUUUCCCAGCAACAUUUGUGUUUCUGUGUGCUUCUACUACUUGCCAGAGUGACAUUCCACUGACGGUGUACCAGCACAUGCCAGGGAAACAAACAAAUGCGUUCACAUCCAUGAGACCAACUGGAGAGGCUACACAAAUGCCAUAUUUAAUGCCAGUCUGGCAACGAAGGUGGAACCAUCUUGUCAUGUUAUCUGCUAAAUCCUUAUCUUCACCUUCUCUAGUAUUUAGCCCCAUUUUCCAGUGGCGUUUGAACAUGACUCUGCUCUAAGACUCACUCCAGCUUGUAUCUUGUAACCUGAUGCAGAUGAGUAAUGGAAAACACUGUUGGUCUACAAUAAAGCGCCAUUAUGUUCAAACAUUUAUAGAUAUUUG